UAUAGUCUAUUACUUCAUAAAUGACAGUCAACUAUCUUGACAUUAGCAUCGUCUUUGAUUUGCCCAGCAAAAGAAGAUGGCGGCGCUUGUGAGGUUGCGCGCAUGUUUCUCUGCUCUUCAACUUUCCUCACCAAGCCUCCUCCACAGCUCCUUCCGAUUGUGUGCUGUGCCACUAAGUCAUCGGACCUUUGCUGCAGAGGCUAAAAAGACAUUCUCCAGAGACAAGCCACAUGUGAACAUCGGAACAAUCGGUCACGUCGAUCACGGCAAGACCAGCCUCACUGCCGCCAUCACAAAAGUGCUUGCCCAAGCUGGUGGAGCCAACUACAAAAAGUAUGAAGACAUUGACAACGCACCCGAGGAGAAGGCCAGAGGCAUCACCAUCAAUGCCUCCCGUGUGGAGUACACCACAGCCAACAGACAUUACGCCCACACUGACUGCCCAGGCCACGCUGACUACGUCAAGAAUAUGAUUACAGGCACAGCUCAGAUGGACGGCUGCAUCCUGGUAGUGGCAGCCACGGAUGGACAGAUGCCCCAGACCCGUGAGCACCUCCUGCUGGCCAGGCAGAUCGGUGUGGAGCAUGUGGUGGUCUUUAUUAACAAGGCUGAUGCCGUGGAUGACAAGGAGAUGGUGGAGCUGGUAGAGAUAGAGAUCCGCGAGCUGCUCACAGAGUACGGCUACGACGGCGAUAACACACCUGUGGUUAUAGGCUCCGCCCUCUGUGCCCUGGAGGACAGAGACCCUGACCUUGGUGCCAAUGCAGUGCUGAAACUGCUUGAGAUUGUGGAUUCUUACGUUCCUCUGCCCAAAAGAGACCUGGACACACCUUUCCUUCUGCCCGUUGAAGGCGUUUACUCCAUCCCAGGCAGAGGGACAGUGGUGACGGGAAGAAUGGAGCGAGGAGUGAUCAAGAAAGGAGACGACUGUGAGUUUUUGGGUCACAACCGCCAGUUCAAGUCUGUCAUCACAGGAAUUGAGAUGUUCCACAAGUCCCUGGACCGAGGAGAGGCAGGAGAUAACCUUGGAGCUUUGGUCCGAGGCUUAAAGAGAGAGGAUGUGAGGAGGGGGAUGGUGAUGUGCAAACCAGGAUCCAUCUUGCCGCACCAGAAAAUCCAGACCCAGGUGUAUAUUCUGAGUAAAGAAGAGGGAGGCAGACACAAACCCUUUGUCUCUAACUACACACCUGUCAUGUUCUCUUUGACCUGGGACAUGACCUGCAGAGUGACACUACCCUCUGGAAAGGACAUGGUGAUGCCAGGAGAGGACACGUCCCUUAUUCUGACAUUGCGUCAGCCAAUGAUUAUAGAGAAAGGACAGAGGUUCACUCUCAGAGAUGGAAAUAAAACCAUUGGCACCGGCCUGGUCACAGACAUCCUGAGUCCUAGUGAAGAAGACAAUGCCGGUUGGGGCUAAAUGAGAAACUCUGCAGAGAGAGCUGUUGAAGGUGGAAGUGUGGGGGUGUUGAAGAAAGGGAGGGGCAGGCUCAACCCAGUUAAUUCCAGAAAAUAAAUAAGUCCAUGAACUCAUGCAUUAUGGAAAGACUCUAAUGAAUGCAUGACUCUUUCAGUUCCACCCCAGAUAUCACUGUUGUGACCGCAAUGUCAAAACUUUACUUUUCCCUUAUGUAAUAAAAUGUGUUUAGUAAUUUAA